AUGCGAAAAAAUUAUCUUCAAAAAGUUGGUACUAGAAAUAGCUGCCUGUAUCUAUUUAUUUAUUAUGCCACUCGGCUCCUGCUCUGCAAAGUGAAGGUGAAAGCGGGUACAACUAUCGAUGGAAAUGUUUCAAAAGUGAUUUUUAUUCUUGUCUGCCUCUCUUCCUCUUGCGACUAUGCGACUAUGCAAAGUGGCAGCUGGCCGGACGACAGACAGAAAGGCUUGCUUGGCCGCAUAAUGUCAAUACAGGUUUUGUGUAGUGUCGUGUGUCCUCCGCGAUCGUGCGGGCAAUUCCAGUGGCCUUCCGACCACCUGCCGGACGACAGUCAAGUGAGGAGAAAUUAUCAAUCUAUAAAAAACGUGCUGGAUAGCAAUAGAAAUUUUAACUCGAAGAACAACAGUCAUCAAUCAAGAGGCACUGUCGCGAUUUAG